AUGGAUCAAUGGCUCAAAAAAGUAAAAAAUGAAGCUGAAAAAACGAACAAUCUACUUCUUCGAGAAUUUUGUCAACAACUAUUAGGUAAAAGACUUUAUUGUCGUCGUUCUAAAUUAAAUUUCAUAUAUUUCCCGUUAGAUUAUCUCGCAAAUGGAACUACAUUACAUCAUGGAAGAGAAAAAACCGUUGAAUUUAUUCGAAGCUGUUUAGAAACAGAAACAAUACAAAUAGGCAUACUUGUCAGUCAAGGAUUUGAGAGUCUGAUUCAAGAAGAAGAACUAUGCUGUGCUUGUACAUCACAAGAAAAACAAGAUUUUCUUCAAUAUAUAUUUGAUGCUUUUCCUAAUGGUUCACCAUUUGUUGAGCGUGAACUUGUCAGUAGUAUUCGUUUAAUAUUAAAUAUUGUACGAACUCAAUGUCUUGUUUUAUCUGAACACAUAAUCUGCAAAUUGAUUCAAUUUACAUUGGGUGUUUUACGGACAACAAAUAUUGAUUUAAGACGAGAAACAUGCCAAUUAUGUGCAUCGAAGCUUGAAGCUUUUUAUAAUUUUCGUCCAGUGACAACAAAAGAAGACCGUCAAUAUACAGAUGAUGGAUUGAUUAUUUUCAAUUCAACUGAAUUAGAUUAUUAUAAACAAGCUUUGACCUUAAUGGAAUAUCAAACAUCACUCAUUCAUGAACUAUCAAGAAAACCAGAUCAAACACUUCAACGAAUAUUUAUACUUGAGCUUCAUGACCUACUUGUAAGAUCAUUAACUCGUACUGUAUAUUUUUAUCAACCAUUUAUUGAUUUUAUUUGGAAAAAAUAUUCACCAGCUGUUGUUUCAUUUCUUGGUAGUCCAAUUAUUGACGCACGAUGUAUAAUGUAUGUCAAAAAUAAUGCAUCUGAUCCUCAUCUUCGACGAAUAGUAUACAGAAUUAUUUUAAAUCUAAUCUGCUUUAUUGCACCAAUUGGUUCAUUACGUUCUGUAAGUGAAACUCUUUUUCAACGAUUAUGUUUAUCACAAACAACUAAUGAACGAUCGGAUCUUCUUAUUGUAUUAAAUGAAGUGAUUACAAGUCAAUCAUUAAUAUCACUUAUAUCACCACCUUGGAUUCAUUCAGUAGAGACAACUAAUGAUUCAGAUUUGAGUUUGUUUCGAAAAAUUAUUUCAAUAAUUGCUGAAUGCUCAUCAUCCGAUGAUCGAAUUUUAGUUAAUAAUGCUUAUCUUUGCCUUAAUCAUUGUCUCGAACAAUUAAAGAAAUUUUGUGACGAAGCAUUAUUUUUCGAUAAUGACGAAGAACAAGCUAUUCGAAGACUUUACAAAAAAUUUAGUUAUCCAAUUGUACCAUUAUUUAUUAGUACGGAUUAUCUUUUAAAUUUAUUAAAAAAUGACAAGCUAAAUAUUGACGAAGUUUAUUUAACAUUUGAAUCAUCAACAUUAGAUAAAGUAAAUUUCUAUGCUUACCAUUUAAAAAUUCUUCUUAAAACAAGCGAUGAACAACAUAUAACAAGUGUAUGCGAUUUCGAUGAUGCUUUAUUGCAAUUUUCAUCAUUUAUAAGUAACGAAUAUUCAUCCAAAAUUUCACUUUCAUCAGAAACGUCUCCAACGGUUGUUACAAAUCCCGAUGGAGUGUACGCAACAACUAUUUGGUUUUUAUGGUAUUGUUGUCGAAGACAAUUACAACAAUUAUUUGAUUCUAAUAUGCCUUCAACUAUUUCAAAAAAUUCAUUUGUAGCUGAUAUCAUGAAUAGUGGUUUUAUGCUUUGCAUUGAACCAGAUUGGAUGGAUACACUAUACGAUAUUUAUUUUGAGAAAUUUAAUAUUUUUGAAGAUCUUUCAGAUCAAUUUAAAACAGUUCUUCAUCAGAUGUUAAUAGACAUUCGCUCGUUUGAUAUGCGAUCUGUUAAAGCUGCUAGUGGAGAUUUAACAUCGAGACACGAUGCUAAAUCAAUAGCACUUUCGAUUUGCCAUCGCUUGGUACAAAUGUGUUGGAGUGCAUUAUUAGGCGCAUUAACACCAAUGUUAACAAAGAAUCAUUCAAUGGAUUCUGAUCUUACAUCAUCGAAUUCAAUUUUAUCGAAUACAAUCAGUGAAAAAUAUAUUGAAGCGCAUGAGCUUGUUUUUCAAGGUUUAAAAUUAGUUUUUCAAUUAGCUGUUACUGUUGGCUUGCCGGAUAAUGCUUGUUAUGUUCUUCAUUGUGUUGUCAGCACCAUCGAGCAAGGUUGGCUAAUGGAUAAUCAACGAAAAAUAUUUUCAAAACAUCAUCGUCUUCACUAUCUUGAUGUCAUGGCUAUAAAUUUCAUUCUUCAAUUAUAUAUGAAUGACCUAAAUGACUGUCCGACUAUAAUUUAUAAAUAUGUUUUAAGAUGUUGUGUUCAUUUAUGUCUGUUGGAAAUGCAGUGCUGUCCACCGAAAGAAAAACUUGAUUUAACAGUUCAUCAGCAUGGACAUGUUUCAUAUGAAUUGAAUAAUGCAAAUUCAUCAUCCUCUUCGAAUGAUUCAUCAACAGCAUCUCUUCUACAAUUGUCGAAUAUCGAUAAAACUGGUCAUAUCCAUGAUAAAUCAUGCGCAAAUAUUCUUCAAGCAUUAUCAUGCAGAUCAGACAAAUUAUUUGAACUUGUUGCUCGUAAUCUCGAUCUUGAUUCAUUACUUGAAUUUUUUGAGCAAAUUCGUUUACUAACUGAAACACCGAUGUCAAAACGAACAAGCGAUAUUUCACCAUUACCUCCGCAGAAUCUUUUCCCCAUGCAUGUAGUUAUCGAAAGAGUCGGUGACAUGACAUUAGGAAUUAUUGCAUCACUUCGACCGCGUUAUCAUGUUUGUAAAGUGUGGAGUUGUGUUUCGCAAUUAUUUAUUCAAGGAGCAACACAUCGAGAUAUUCAAUUGGCGAAGCGGACUAUUUCUCAUAUGCAUAGAGAUUUACGCUCGUGGCUUUCUGUUCGUCCAGAAUAUCCAAAUUUUCAAUUGAACGAAGCAUUUUUUAAACCGUUUGAACACUUAAUUUGUACGGAACAAUGUGAUAGCAUUGUUGAAAAUCAAAUUGUGAAUUCUAUAUGUGAACUUGUUGAACUGAAUACAAAUGCAAUAAUGUCUGGUUGGCGUUCGAUAUUUACUUGUUUGAAAGCAGUUAAAAUCGAACAACACCGUCGUUCCAUUGAAAUGAAUACGACAACAUCAAAAGACAAACAGUACGAUGAAAAUGAAACCGAACAAGCCGGUGUUGAACUUUACCGAGUUAAUGCUAUACUAGAAGUUCUUGAAGCAUUUUUCUCAUGUGAAAAUCUCAAUGUUAUAUCACAAGCAUCAGUCGAUUGUCUUCAAUGUUUAUUCUGUUAUUUACGUGAACCAGAACCAUUUACACCAAUGGUUAAUAGCCCAUUUGGUGAUAGUUUUGAUGAAAAUGAUGAAGAACAUAAUCAAAUUGAACUUGUUUUACCAGCAUUAAAUAUGAUACAAAAAUUUACUACAAUUUUUAUUCAUUGUUAUGUGACAUCGUCAAAUUAUGUUUUUGCUACAAAAAAACGAACUCGACAAUUCGAAUCAACAUCAUUUACUAAUUCGACAUUUUCAAAUUUUUCAUCAACAUUCUUUUCAUAUCUUGACAUGUCAACAUCAACCGAAACAAUUCUUCGAUCGUUUGAACUUAAACUUGUUGGUUAUAUGAGACAAUUAUCAGAUGAUCUCGAUCUUGUUGAUAAUACAACUCAUCUUCUUAAUGUUUGGUCAUAUAUGAUUGAAGGUCUUACUGAUACAAUAUUUUCAUGUUCAAAUCAUUAUCAUAUUAAAAUAAUUGAUCAAUAUUUUGUUAUUUUAAAAUUAACAUUUGAUAGCGUCGGCCAUCGUUUUUCCAUUUAUCUUAUUUGUUGUGUUAUUAUUCCAUGGUUACAAUCAUUUGUAUGUUCAAAUUUUUUAAAGGUAACUUCAUCGUUAAGAAAAUUAACUAUAUUUCGACGACAUGCACAACGACAAACUUCGACAUUUAUGAAUAUAACAGCAUGGCGGUUGUUUCUUGGAAAUUUACUUGAGCAUAUUUUGUAUAUAUUUGAAGCGGCUAAAGAAUUCGAAGAAUAUCAUCAUAUUUUAUUUGAUUGUUUCCAAUCUAUGUUAAUCGAUUGGCUUUGUGUUGCAAAUGAAUAUGUUGGUCGACUCGGUUUAUCAUGUAUUAAACAUCUUAUUUCAAAUAUAUCAAAAAAAUUCGAUCAAUCGCUUAAAUCAAUAUGUAUUGAUAAUAUUCAACAUGCACUUUUACUAACAUCAUUACCAACGGAAUAUUUAAUGUAUGAAUUUCUUGUUUCAUCACCCGAAGAUCUUCUUCAUAAUGUACGUGUUUACGUACAAAAUGAUUCCAAUGCAUCUAUUUUAUCAUCGUAUGGACUAGCCAAUGGUGAUAUUUCUAUUUUCCCACUAUGUCAACAACUUUUUAAUGAACAUCAUCAACCUCAACCUCAACCUCAACCUCAACAGCAACAGCAACAGCAAAAGGUUAUCGAAGGAAAAUUCUUCCGAUUUACAUUCCGAACAAAAACAGCAAUCAUAAAUGAUCCUAAUCCGCAUGAAAUACAAAUGAAAAAUUUUGUUUUUCUAAAUUAUUUUCAUUUACAAUUAAUUCAUAUUGUUGGUGAAUUGAAUUGGUCUGAAUUAAUACCUUGUUUAAUUCAAACAAUUGAUUUAGCUGAACGUUUUGAUUCAGCUGUCAGUAAUUUUGGUUUAAGAAAUAUUUUACAACAAUUAUUUACUUUUGAUCCACCAGCUGUAUCGUUUCAGCAUAUUAAACGUAUUGCAUUCCAAUAUCUUGUCGAUCACUUAAUGCCUGGCGUUAAAAAUGAACUUGUGAAACAAUCUAUUCAAUCAGCUAAUUCGAAUUUACAACAAGAAAAUGACGAACAGAUAGAUAACAAUCUUGAUGAAUAUGUAUCAUUUCCCGAGACACUAUCACCCUCACAAGAAAUAAAUGGAGAUAUCGUGAAACAGAAAGGAUUUUUUAGUCAAUUUACAUCAUAUAUUAUUACAAAUCCACACAAUUAUAUUGGUCUACUAAAAAUGCUUAGUGAUGGAAUUGCUGAUAUACUUUUUACUGGUUUAAAUCGAUUUGAAACUUGUACAGAGAUGAAUCAAAUAGGUUUAUAUCUUUUACGAGCAGAUCAAGACCUAAUUGAUAGAUUUAUAGCAACAACAGCACAAUCUACUUUAAAACAAUGUCCUGUAUCUGAAAAUGAAAUUGAAUAUUUCAUUGUUAAUCAAGAUAUGAUUUGUCGUGUAUUAAAUGAUCAUAAAAUAUUGCGUAAAAUCGAUUUAGCAAAUUCAACAUCACCUGAUCGUCGCAAAAGUUCAUCAACUCCGUUACAAUCACCAUCACUACCAAAUUAUCAUCCAUUCUUAUCACAAUCUUUAUUUAAUGACACGACAAAAAGCCCUACUGAUGAUCAACGUACAUUUCAAGAGACACUCUCUAUGCGAAAUACAGAACAUAUAUCAAUUGCUCUUAAACUUUAUGUCGAUGGAUGGAAUGAUUUAUGUUUGUAUUUAGCUACAGCACUACAAGAAAAUGGUUGUUUGUGUUCACCGAUAGGAGCAAGUAGUAAUCUUCUUAUAUCUUCUCUUGAACGAUGGUUAUUCGUGUGUGCAACAAAUGCUACUAAUCGACAACUGAAAAAUUUACUUUUGGAUAUUUUAAUGAAAUAUGGAGGAAAAGAAGCAAUUAUCACGCGUACAUAA